AUGAGCCCAGAAGAAACUACUAAAGAAUUAGAAACUAAUAAUGAGAAGAGUGGAAUUUUAUCUGCAUUUGAAAACGUCAUUAAUGAUGAAAAAAAUAGAGGAAUUAUAUAUAUUUCCAGAAUCCCUCCUAAAAUGCAACCUCAUAAUAUUAGAGAAAUUAUGUCCAGAUUUGGGGAAGUUGACCGAAUUUUUUUGAGACCUGAAGAUAAAUCAAAACAUGAACAGAGAAUCAAAAUGAAGGGUGGAAACUACAUUAGAUAUAUUGAUGGUUGGGUUGAAUUUAAAGAUAAGAAAGUUGCAAAAAUGGUUGCAAGCUCACUAAAUAACACCAAUAUUGGAGGCAAAAAGAGGCAUAAUGCUUGGAGAGAUGAUAUCUGGUGUAUUAAAUAUUUAUCUAAUUUUAAGUGGCAUAAUCUAACAGAGCAUAAAAGAUACUUAAAAUCUGUUAGAAAAACCAAACUCCAAGCCAGAAUUACCCAAGUCCAAAAAGAAAAUAAUUUUUACCUCCAACAAGUCGAGAAAGCUAAUCGAAUAAAAAAACUCGAGAAAUCAAAUACUAUUCAUCUAUCUGAACAAGGAAAUCCCAACUCUAACAAAUCAAGAACAUAUGAGAAACCACUCAUUGAAAGUAAUGAGAGUAAAAUUAGUAAAAAGUCACUCACAAACUUACUUUGA